GCAGUUUUCCCAUUAGCUAUUGGCGUUCUCUUAACACUUUGGAAUAUUCAAACUACAAACACGGGUUGAGAUUAGACAACAACCCACGAAAACUCCGAUAAUAAUUCAAAACCAAAAAGGAAAAAAAUAAAGAAAAAAGUCAUCGGUUCAGACGGCUCCUAAUACAUCCAUCCCGGCCAUGGGAACGGCGAUAACGGCCAAUCUGACGGCCAUUGCGCUCUUGAUCGCCUCCGCAGCGGCGUACACCAACCACACGGUCGGCGGCGAUGCCGGGUGGUUCUUCGAAUCUGCCACCAAUACUUCCGCCACUGAUUACUCCUCUUGGGCUGCCAAUCAAACUUUCAGUCUCGGCGACUAUCUCAUUUUCAAGACCAACUCGAACCAGACGGUGAUCCAGACCUAUAACAAGACGACCUACCAAAACUGCGACUUCGAUAACGCGUCGGACAACGACACGUUCCAGUACGGCGGCGGCGGCGAGAAGUUCGGCGAGGCGUUGACAACCGUCGUGGCGUUGACCAUCGAAGGAGCCAACUACUUCUUCUCCAGCGGCGGCGAAGACGGCGUCCAGUGCCAGCACGGCAUGGCCUUCGAUAUCAAGGUAGCGCACGGCGCUGGCUUGCCGCCGAGCCUCAACCAACCACCGCCGCCGCCGUACAUCGAGCCGCCUGGUCCAGAUUCGGCUCAAUCGCCACCGGGAACGGUUGUCAUAGCUCAGCCGCCGGGGAGCGGCGGCUUCGGAAUCGGCACUGACGUGCGCGGUGGGCUCUGUGCGCUUCUUCUUCUGCUGCUAUUCUGAGCCGUGAUAAUGAUAUAAUUUUAUUUCAGUUAUUCCAUUUUUCGGUGUGUUUGGGUGUUAAAGCGGAAUGGACCUAUCUCUGGAUCAGGGUGUCCACGAAGGAAACAUGAACUUCUUUUUGUCACGGAUUAGAAUGUCCUGAGGGGAUAAAUACAUUUUUGUCGUCGUUUACACUCCACAGUUUACACUAUUUCUUCCCCUUCCCUCAUGAAACACUCCUUAUUUUUAUUUUUUAAAAACAAUUAGAAGGAAUAAUUUUGAUUCGAUGAACGAGAAUUUUGUUAUAGGAUUUGA